GGCUUCAUUCGUUUCGCGGCAUUCUCAGCUGUAGCUACAGUUCCCGAUCCCGCUCCCGCUCCCGGCAACUCUUUGCGCAUCCAUCACAGCCGUACAGCCUGAACGGGCGGUUCGGGUGCUUACUAACGUGUACCUUAAUUUAAUACCGACGUGAGGCUCAAUCACAAUAACAAUCUGAUAAAAUGGCUGUUAUUCCCUGCUUUUAUGUGCCGAAGCGCGUGAAUGUGGCCGUAAUGCUCUUCAUGAUUUGCCUGAUCAAUUAUAUGAUGCGGGUAAAUCUGUCGAUCAAUAUUAUCGCAAUGGUUCAGGAGCGAUACGAGAACGGAACCAUCAUUGAAAAGCCAGAUUACGGCACGCGCUACGAAUGGUCACAACAGGAUCAGGCCUUGCUGCUUGGUGGUUAUUUUUAUGGCUACAUGAUUACCUCACUGCCAGGCGGAACUCUGGCUGAGAUGCUUGGCGGUCGCAAUGUUGCUGGCUACAGCUGCUUGGCUGGAGGUGUGUUGACUGCGCUGACGCCUCUUGCAGCUUCGUGGGAUAAAUACGCGGUAUUUGCGAUUCGAUUUCUGAUUGGUCUCUUCACUGGCGUCGUAUAUCCGUGCUGUCACAACUUGGUAUCGAAGUGGUCGCCACCGGACGAAAAGGGCAAGUUUGUGGCCUCACUGAUGGGUGGCACUUUUGGCACUGUCAUUACUUGGCCCAUCUGUGGCGUGAUCAUUGAGAAUCUUGGCUGGGUGUGGGCCUUCUAUAUAGUGGCCAUGAUAGUGUUUGUCGUGGUGGGUCUAUGGUUCUAUCUAGUAGCUGAUACACCGGCACAACAUACCACCAUUGGCAUCAAGGAGCGUGAGUUCAUUGAAAGCAGUCUUGGAGCUACAGUGGGUAACAAGCCGAAAUGGCCCCCAUACAGGCAGUUGGUGGUCUCCAUGCCCUUCUGGGCGCUCACCAUGUUGCAUUAUGGCAGCAUGUGGGGUCUGUUCUUCCUUCUGACUGCCACACCCAAAUUCUUAAGCGAAGUGCUUGGCUUUGAACUCUCAUCUGCUGGUUUUUUGUCCAGUUUGCCGCAUAUUGCACGUCUUUUGGCAGCUUUUGGCUUCGGUUCCAUUGCCGAUUGGAUUCGUCGCAAGGGAUGGUGGACAAUCACAUUUACCCGAAAAAUUUUCUGUGUACCAUCUCACAUUAUGCCAGGAAUAAUGCUCAUCAUUUUGGCUUUCUUUGGUCGAGAUCCGUAUGUGUGCGUGGCAAUAAUGACCAUAUCGUUGGGAUUCAAUGGCGCAGCCACCUCCUCAAAUUUGGCCAACUCACAGGAUCUGGCUCCAAACUUUGCUGGCACUAUGUAUGGUAUUAUUAAUUGCCUUGGCACUACGCCAGGCUUCUUCUCCCCCCUGAUUGUGGCCGCUUUUACCUCAGAAUCGAAUACCAUCGAUGAUUGGUUCUGGAUAUUCAUUAUUGGUGCUGCCGCAUACAUUUUGCCCGCCAUAUUUUUCUGGAUCUUUGGUUCAGGAAAGAUACAGAAAUGGAAUGAAGUGAAAACCACCGAACCGAGCGAGGAUGUUGUCAACACAAAGUUGUAGUUUGUGUCUUGGCAAUUUGCUGUGAUGUUAUAGAAAUAAUGCCAUAUAAUUAUGACCUAUUUUCAUUUGUAUAUAUGUAUGUAGUGUGUGUAAUUGCACUUUCAGGUGCGAGUCCUAUUAAAGUUAAAGCUGUCUAUUUAUUAUUGUAAA